AUGGAAUCAAAAAAAUUAAGUAAAAUUAUUGAAUUCAUUUUUCUGUCUAUUACAAGGUAAGAUCUGUAAUGUCCAGCUUAAUAAGGAAUGACUUUAAUUUCCCUUUGCGUUUUUUUCUGCUAUUAUCUUUGGAUAUCAAGAAAUGACAAGGCUAACACCCUAAUGGUAUUCAAUCACAGUCUAUCUAAUGUUGUUAAUGGUUUUGAAUGGAAUCCUAAUCUUGGUAGAUCUAAUUUGGCUAUUAUCUAUCGGAUCCAUUUGGACAGCAACUGA